AUGAUUGACGUCAGUCCGCGGAUGUUCGGCAGACUUCUUGGCAACACCAUUAAGAACAGGCAGAUUUCCUCUACACUCGUGCAAUCAUUUUCCAUCCACGAAAGUCUUCUACUGGCAUCCAGAUCCUAUCGCGAGACUUUUAUAUCAGCACGAAGUCGAAGUCGGUCACCAGUCAGUCCAACUAUGGAACCUUCGCCCCUCUUGCUCAUCAUAUAUACCCUCCUUGGAGUAAUACUUCGUUUCCAUCAAGUUACGUCCUCCCUCAACCUGCGACUUGAUGCGGCCUUCAAGCUCUAUUAUGUAGUGGUUGUCUUGUUUCUUGGGUCCGACUGUUACCUGUUUACAAACUUCGCGAUCGACAUUAUCGAGAUUGCCUCCACAUGGCGAACAGAUGACCCAGCACUUUCUGAGAGGUCGUGGCUACUUUGGGUUUGUCUAGGAACAGCGGCAACAGCAUUAAUAGGCAUGCUAGCUCUGCUCGUAUACAACUUGGGCGGAAGCUGGAAAUCGGCGAAGCAGAAUUUCGCGACUGAUCGCGCCAAGGCUGAAGAGGAAGCAAAGUCAAUAAACGAGAAAAAAGUGGCAAUCGGCGCGUUCACGCUCUACACAUGGGUCUUCUUGUACUCGAAAGCUUUCUUCGACGCUGCGCUCUGGGCGAUGGGAUUGUUCGAGAAGGGGGAAGCCGAGCGGCAGAUGAAAAGAAGUUCGCUAAGGCUUACGCCCGCACCUAGCACUAGCAAUAAGUUCCCGCUCGCUAAAUUUGUGCUAUCUAACUUCUUUAAGGCUAGCGACAUGCCCGUAAAGCAAAGCUACGAUAAGAGUCGUAACAGUUGCGAACUAGGUGGCUAG